AUGCCAAACUCUGACAGUGUGAAAGUAGCAGUACGUGUCAGACCUUUCAACCAGAGAGAGAAAGAUGCAGGCAGCAGAUGUGUGAUUUCUAUAAAUUCCAGCACAACAAGCAUACAUGAUCCUAAAAAUCCAAGUCAUGUAAAGUCCUUUACCUUUGACCUGGCAUAUUGGUCACACAGUGGAUUUUUAAAGGACAAAGAUGGCAAGCUUGUUUCAUCUGGACCGAACAGCAGAUAUGCUGGGCAGAGGGACAUUUUUCAUGACCUUGGUGAGGGAAUUCUGGACAAUGCUUGGCAAGGUUACAAUGCCACUCUUCUGGCUUAUGGUCAGACCGGCUCAGGGAAGAGCUACUCAAUGAUAGGCCAUGGUGCAAACAGAGGCAUAAUUCCAGUCAUAUGUGAAGAGCUGUUUAAAACGAUUCAAAAUCAAGACACAAAUAAACAAUAUCAGAUUACAUUUAGUAUGCUGGAAAUAUACAAUGAACAGGUAAUAGAUUUGCUGUCUAAAACAAAAAAGUAUGGUGGACUCAAAGUUAGAGAAGACCAGCAGCAAGGCUUCUAUGUAGAUGGUUUGAAACUGGUGCCUUGUGAUAGUUAUGCUCAAAUUGAGAGGCUCAUGGAGCAAGGCACCAAAAUAAGGACCAACGCUUCAACCAGCAUGAAUACCACCAGCAGCAGGUCUCAUAUGGUCAUCACCAUUCAUUUUAAACAGAUUUUUCUGAAAGAUGAAAUCACAAAACAGUCCAUUAUAAAUCUAGUGGACUUGGCAGGGAGUGAAAGGCAAAAGUCUUCCGGAUCAGAAGGCGACAGACUAAAAGAAGGAACACGUGUAAAUCUGAGUUUGACCACCUUGGGAAAUGUCAUCAGUGCUCUGGCUGAAGCUGCCAUGGGAAAGAAAGUGUUGCAUGUCCCAUACAGAGAUUCAGUUCUUACCAAACUUUUGCAAUCCGCAUUGGGAGGAAACAGUAGAACUAUAAUGAUUGCAGCAAUUAGUCCAGCAGACAUAUGCUAUGAUGAGACAUUGUCAACUUUGCGGUACGCUGAAAGAACAAAAAAAAUAAAAAACCAGGCUGUGAUAAAUUCAGGAACAACAGCAAAACUGAUAAAUGAUCUCAAGAUGGAAAAUUGUAAUUUGUUGUCCAGAUUGUCCAGCCUUGGGAAUUCUGGGAAAACAGUGGUAGACGAAACAAGGUCUUCUGAGGUUGGCCAAUCUCCUUCAAACGUAAUCAUCCUCAGAGGUUUGGGCAUUUUGGAUAAGCACGCAACAUUCACGUACACCGAUGGCAAAGUUACUGUAUCUCCUUGGGAUAAAUGUAAGGUCAUUGUGAAUGGAGUACCCAUUGUGGUGAAAACUAAACUUCAGCAUCUGGACAGGCUAAUUUUGGGAUCAAACAGUGCAUACCUCUACAUUGGCCCUCCAAUCAACCGCACCUGUGAGGAUCUGAGCAGAUAUGAUUACGACUUCAUUCAAUCAGAGCUGGCAGCUGCCAAAGGCUUCAGUGUAGACAAACUUGGUGCUGCAAACAGGAAGGAUGGCAAGCCAGAUCCCAGUGUCCUUGCUGCAUUCCAUGAUUAUAUUAAGUUGAUGCCAUUGGUUGCUGAAGCAAAUCAGAUGAGUAUAGAGUUGAAGAAGGACCUAAAGUUAGAACUGAAAGUGAAAAAUCUAGCAUCCUCGGACUCCAGAGGUUAUGACCUGCAAAAAGAGAUCAUAAUUAAAGUAGAACACAAAGUUACUAACCAGGUAUGGAUUUGGUCAAAACCCAAGUUCAUCAACAGAAAAUUUUUAAUGGAAGAGCUUUACCGGCAGUUUUUAAAUGGAGAAGAUGUACAAGUUGACAAAGAGAGUGAUCCAUUUUGGGAUCCUGUGGAGGCAAUUCAUCUCGGAUCUGCUCAUAUCUGGCUCCAAUCUCUUGCGUAUUGCAUGAAACUUGAGGAACAAAUAGAACUUCUGAAUUCUGAAGGAAUGGAGGAAGCAAUCCUAUUGAUCAACAUUAUCCCAUGUAUGCAAAAUGGGAGAUCAAGUUCAAUUUUCAGUGUAGAAAGUUGUACUAUUGACUUUUGGACCAAAUGCACAAUUCUUUUUACUGUUGAAGGAUGUGCAGAAUUGUGUUCUACUGAGGAAGGCAUGGCUGUCAUUAGCGAAGGCUCAUAUAUUAUCGAUAAUCCAAAAGCGGGGAUUUUAAUACAAGGUGAUCUGGAUACAGAAAGCCAUAUUGCUGAACUUUAUCAAAAGCUGUUAAAACUAGAACAAGAGACUGAAUUACUUAGAGAUAUUAAUAGAUCUCUGACAGAGGAAAACAUACAUCUGAAGGCUAAACUGAAAGAAUAUGAGGCAGAAACCCAUUUCUGUAAGUAUCUUACAGAAGUAAAAUGUAAGAUCUUAAAAUCUCCUUCAAAACUCCACGUUAAUAAGAUAAUUUCAGCAGCAUCAAGAGAUAGUCGCACAGUGUGCAGCUCUCGGGUCAGCUGUGAUGCUGAAUUUGCUAAAGCUCUCAAAUCCUUCUACCAGAAAAUGAAUGUGAUCAGAGGACAGUUCUUAAAACUACAACACUACAGAGCCCCGGAUGAAGAUAACAUCCAACUACUUCGACUUUUUACUGAGAGACAAUCACACUUGUUGAAGGAUUUUGGAGAACAACUUGAGUCAAGUAUAAGUAAACUGAAAAAUGAUGUUGCCUUAAUAGUUAAGAAGAAACGAGAGGCUAGGUUACAGCAAGGCAUUAAGUGA